ACUGCUACUAUAGAUCAGAAGGACGAGCAUAGCUAGCUACCUAGCUUAGCUUUGGGAGCCAAUUACCGAUCGAAUGCAAAUGUCUGAAGAAAUUUCUUCUGCUGCCAAUCCCGGCGAACAAAACGGAAAUGGCAACAUACGAGAGUCCUCACAAUCGAGGCGCUUUCACUCCUCUUGUCGCACCACCCGUCGUGUGGGAACAGGGCCCAGGAUCGACCAGACAUGUCCUGCUGGAAGUACUACUAUCCAUAUUGCGAAGAUUCGAAGAGCACUCCGCAUGGUCGAAGAAGAACGAUUCACACCAUUCAGCGUGCGGAUCGGCCCUUACCAUGAAGCGUCAAUGGUGCAACCCUCGGAAAACAAUCCCCAUGAUAAAAAGGGGAAAGAAGUCAUGGAAAACGAGCAGAAUAAGAGCGUCUUGGUCGACAGGUUAGUGAGUGUGCUUCUUGAGCAACCUGGAGAGCUGGAGAAUCUGAUGGCAAGGGCGAUGGAAUGCUACGCAGAAAAAAAGGGGAAACAACCAUGUGAUAACGAACUACGUAUCACAGAGCAGGAGAAGAGCGUCUUCGUCGACAGUGUUUUGAGUUUGACUUUCGAGGAUAGGAAGGAGGAAGCCCCGCAAUUGACUCUCCAAGAGCACAAGGCUCAGGUAAUCGAAGAUCUGAAGAACCUGAAGACGAUGAAAUGCUACGCUGGUAAUCCGAGAGCUGAAGAAACUGAAGAAGCCUUCGCGGAUAUGAUGAUGCGCGACGGGAUAUAUGUUCUCUGUUUACUUGUGGACAUGGUAGAAACAUCCCCUGGAGAAGGAGACGUUCGCCCGGACGAGAUUGAUUUGUUACGGGACGUGGUGUUCCUCCUUGAGAAUCAGAUACCUUGGAUCGUCCUCAAGGAGUUGCAAAGGCUAGCUGGCUACAGCAACGAGCCAGGCCUCCUCUGCACACGUGUCCGGGAUCUGCUGGCCGAAGGGCGCUACAUCACAAAGGCAACGCCGGAGUCGCCAGCAAAAGAACCUGCUCACCUGCUGCACCUGGUGCACACCUACUUCGCCCCACCCAAAUCUGGUGUAGCAGCAAUUGACAUCGUCAAGAACAAGGGAACAGGUCCAUGGAAACGAGCGACGCUGUACCGCAAGUGCGCCUACGUGGAGUUCAAGCGUCGGGAGUUCGAGGCCGGGGUGGAAUCCAUCCUUGACGUGAGCCUUCAGGGAGGCACUCUCCUCAUCCCUUGCUUGCAGAUCGACGGCAACACGUGGACCAUCCUACGCAACCUGAUGGCGCUGGAGGAGCAGAUGUCGGAGAGGCCGGUGACGACAUACUGCGUUUUCAUGUCGCAGUUGGCACGCCAGGCUGAGGACGUCGAGUUCCUCGAGCAUGAAGGUAUCAUCAUUAAUUUCCUGGGCAGCAACGAGGUGGUCGUAAAAGGCUUCUCCAACCUCUGUGAGGGAGUGAUCACCGACAAGCCAAGCUACCUCUACGACAUUUGGCACACGCUGGACAAGCGCUCCAAGAGUCCAUGGAACAAAUUCAUGGGAUCAUUCAUGGAGAGGAACAUGCUCGACAAUGUGCAGUUCGUGGCAUUCAUUGGCGCCAUCAUUCUGCUUAUUCUUCAAAUAGCUCAAGUAAUUAUUGGGUCCCUCUCCUUAAUUAAUAAGCAGAAAUAGUCGCACAAAUUUAGUUCCACGUGUCUGCCCCAGCAGUUUCGGUGGCACGAUAUGUCGGUCAGUUUGGUGUCAAGUUUCAGUUAUCUGAAUAUAAGCCAUGUAGCGUGAGUCAAGUUCACGU